AACCCACGCAUUGCUGAUGAGUUUUACUGUGAGCUCCAGGAAGCUAUCAGAAUUCCUGCCAGACAUGAGCUUUUCAUCUUGGGUGAUUUUAAUGCUAGGCUAGGGAAACGGACUAAAUCAGAUUUUGAAAGUGGUCUUCAAACUAACAUGGGAAGACAUGGUAUUGGUCGGCGUAACGAAAAUGGCGAAAGAUCUAGAAGUACCCCUCUGCUUGUUGACGCUAGGUCUUACGCUGGUGCAAAACUUCAAUCUGAUCACAAAAUUGUAAAAGCAACUUUUGACCUCAGUAAACGUUACAAACUUUACAGUACUGCCAAACACAAAGUCAAGCAGUAUAACACCAACUCAUUGGUUUGUAGCAAAGAUGCUCAAAGUUCUUUUCAACAAAAUGCUGCUCAGAAGAUUGAAACUGAUACAUCUGCCCAGUCAGUCACUGAAAGUUUUAACAACCUUUUCGAGGCGGUUAAAAUUGCUGCAUCUGAAACAGUGGGUAUGAAAAGAAACACAGCCAAACGUCACAGAACAUCAGACCCACAAGUCGUCUCUAUGUCAGAAAAGAGACACCAAUUACUACAACAUUUAAACGACAACAAAAUGCGUGACAGAACUAUCCUGCGUAAGGAAAUCAACAGACUCAAGAAUGACAUUGCAAAGCGCCUUAUUACACUUGAAACCGCUCAUGCCGACCUUCUAGCUGAGACGAUCAACUCCACUGAUGAUACCAGAAGAAUGUUCGAAGCAACCAGAGCAAUUUCAAGCACAAAGGACACUCCUCCUAUUUCAGUAUUCCUACCAGAAACAGAAGAACUUGCUCUCAAUGACGAAGAUAAGGCAGACAUAGUCAAGAACUGGUUCAUGGAACAUUACACAGGCCCAGAACCCCCACUAGAACCUUUUGUUGGAGCUGCUAAGCCAUUAGAUACGCCUAUAACUGCACUUGAAGUUGAGACAGCAGCCAAGAAACUAAAGAACGGUAAAGCCGUUGGUCCUGACAACCUCCCUAACGAAUUCCUUAA